GUAUUGAUAUCGCGAAGAGCAAAGGAGCCCGGUACCGGCUUUGACCAGAGCUCGAAAUCUGUGGUUAUGGCUGUUCGGAUCACUAUUAUGAAUCUGACACACUCUUGCAUUCAUUUCAAGUUCUGGCAAAGCUUUUGGAGUCUCCAGCCACUCAAGAUAUUAUCUGUGAUGUGGGAAUGCCUGUUCUGCACAGAAAUGUUCGUUACAAUUGUCGAGUGAUCUUUUUAAAUAAAAAAAUUCUUCUAAUCAGACCAAAAAUAUCAUUGGCAAAUGCAGGAAACUACAGGGAACUGAGAUGGUUUACCCCAUGGAACAAAGCAAGGCACGUGGAGGAAUAUUUUCUACCCAGGAUAAUUCAGGAAGUGACUGGACAGGAAACUGUUCCUUUUGGAGAUGCAGUGCUAGCAACCAAAGAUACCUGCCUAGGGACAGAAAUAUGUGAAGAACUCUGGGCACCAAACAGCCCUCACAUUGAAAUGGGACUUGAUGGCGUGGAAAUUUUCACUAACUCUUCAGGGAGUCACCAUGUGCUGCGGAAGGCGCACACCCGGGUGGAUUUGGUGAAUUCUGCCACAGCAAAGAAUGGUGGAAUAUAUGUUCUAGCUAACCAGAAAGGCUGUGAUGGUGAUCGUCUGUAUUAUGAUGGCUGUGCCAUGAUUUCAGUGAAUGGAGAAACAGUUGCACAAGGAUCCCAGUUUUCACUCGAUGAUGUGGAGGUGCUGGUUGCCACUCUGGACUUGGAGGAUGUUCGAAGUUACAGAGCAGAGAUUUCAUCUCGUAACUUAGCAGCAAGUAAAGUGAAUCCUUAUCCCAGGGUAAAAGUGAAUUUUGAUCUGUCAUCUUCUGAUGAUGUAGCUGUACCUACUUGUAUGCCAAUCCAGUGGAGACAUCAUAGUCCUGAGGAGGAGAUCAGCCUUGGUCCUGCAUGUUGGCUUUGGGACUAUUUAAGGCGCAGCAAACAGGCAGGAUUUCUCCUACCUCUUAGUGGUGGAAUUGACAGCUCUGCUACAGCUUGCAUAGUAUAUUCUAUGUGUCACCAGGUUUGCCUGGCAGUCAAGAAUGGAAAUGCAGAUGUGCUGGCUGAUGCGCGCAGGAUUGUGAGCGAUGAGACCUAUGUCCCUGAGGAUCCUCGAGAAUUCUGCAAGCGUAUCUUUACCACUUGCUAUAUGGCUAGCGAGAACUCAUCCCAGGAUACUUGCAAUAGAGCUAAACUUCUGGCUGAGCAAAUAGGCAGCUAUCACAUCAAUCUGAACAUAGAUGCAGCUGUGAAAGCUAUUGUGGGAAUUUUCAGUGUGGUGACAGGUCGAACUCCCCGGUUUUCUGUCUACGGAGGGAGCAGCAGAGAAAACCUAGCACUCCAGAAUGUGCAGGCUAGAAUAAGAAUGGUCCUUGCCUACCUGUUUGCUCAGCUGGCACUUUGGACUCGUGGGAUGCCAGGGGGACUUCUGGUGCUAGGAUCAGCCAAUGUGGAUGAAAGUCUCCGAGGUUACUUGACAAAGUACGAUUGCUCAAGUGCUGAUAUCAAUCCCAUUGGUGGAAUCAGCAAGACUGAUCUGAAGAACUUCAUACAAUAUUGCAUUGAAAAUUUUCAGCUCACAGCCCUUAGAAGUAUCAUGUCAGCUCCACCCACUGCAGAGUUAGAGCCCCUUGUGGAUGGACAAGUGGCUCAAACUGAUGAGGCAGAUAUGGGGAUGACAUAUGCAGAGCUCUCAGUCUAUGGCAAAUUAAGAAAAAUAGCAAAGGCUGGACCAUACAGUAUGUUCUGUAAGCUGAUUAAUAUGUGGAAGGAAAUUUGUACUCCAAGAGAGGUGGCAUCAAAGGUUAAGCAUUUCUUCAGGAUGUAUUCAGUUAACAGACAUAAAAUGACCACCCUCACUCCUUCCUACCAUGCUGAAAACUACAGCCCGGAUGACAACCGAUUUGACCUGAGGCCUUUCCUUUAUAACACCGCGUGGUCCUGGCAAUUUAGGUGCAUAGAUAAACAGGUAUCCAAGCUAGAAAAAAAGGAAGGAAUUUCUCUAGCUGAAGACGUGGACUGAUUUUUCUGUCUUGUUUAACUCUGGUAAU